AUGAACCCAAAUAUCUUCCUGUGCUGUGUAUCUCUGCAGUUGCUGCUUAGUUUAGUGGAAGCCAAACCUGUUUCUGACCUCCAGAGUCUGAAGCAGCUUCUAGAAGAGGAGAUCAACGGCGCGCCUUUUUACUCCUCCAGGGAGAUGGAGGAGGUGGAGGGGAAGGACCUGAGCUCUCCACAGGAGCAGCAGUGGGACUCAUCCGACCUGCGCAACUCCGCGCUGGAGAGCAAAGAGAACGCCGUGGCGCGCCUCUUCAAAGACCUGCUGAGGACGUCCAAGCGGUCGUGGAGCCGCUACAAGAAGGGCGGCCUGAGGAGCUGCUUCGGGGUCCGGCUGGAGAGGAUAGGCUCCUUCAGUGGACUGGGAUGCUGAAGAAAUCAUGGAUCAUCCCCAUCUGUGUGACCACAAGCAUCACCGGAGCUCCUCUCAC